AUGGGGUCCAUCUCAGCUUCAAACUACCAGCAUAUCGUCGUCCGCGGGCUCCCUUAUGACCGUGGUUUCACACACGGCCAGCAAGCAAAGGCAAAGAUCAUUGCUAGUUUAGAGCACUACUCCCAACCGGGGAAGCUGUUGCCAUGGGAUGUCAGUCUGCGCAUUAUUCAACAGGUAUAUCUACCUGGUAUCAAAAAGUACUUCCCCGAAGCGCUUCCUGAAUUACAAGGGAUCUCAGACGGAGCAGGCGUAGACUUGAACAGGAUCUUAUUGUUGAAUGCGCGAUAUGACCUCGCACGGGUUCGAGGGUCCAGCAUCCGAGAUCAUCCAUCCACGGACACAUCUCAAACUCGAUGUCAAGUUUCCAUCAACACUAUUGAAACCGACCAACCGACCAAAAUCGCAGCUUCUCACCAAGCAGUUAAUGGCAACGGUCUCUCAGCCGAGGUUGACCAAGAUCUCCAAGAGUGCACGGCAGCCGCUUUCCUCGCCGAGUCAACCGCAGACGGGGACGUUAUUCUCGCGCAAAACUGGGACAUGUCCGCCAAUGUAUACCUCAACAACACAGCAAUCUAUCUCGAAGUUCAUCCAGACCCAUCUGAAAACCUGCCAGUCAUGUUUCUCACCACUGAGGCCGGCCAGCUGGGACGCUCAGGCUUCAACUCGGCCGGCCUCGCCGUUUGUGCAUGCUCACUCAUGUCAACUGAGGAUUACUUCCCCUUAAACAAGACUCUGCUGCUAGAUGAGGAGCAGCAGCCGCUUCUACCAAUGACGUUGGUGCGGCGACAGUUUCUGCACAACACAAACUUCUCAAACGGCCUAGUCAACAUCUGCAAUGCGCCGAGGCACGUCUCAAACAGAAUAGUUGUAGGCACAGCAGACAACUUCGUCAUCAACAUGGAGGUUACGCCUAGUACUGUCCAUCUGGAAUAUCCCUCUGGGCAGGAUAACUUUGUCGUUGGGGCGAAUCAUUUCGUUAGUCCUGGAUUUCUCGCAAGCGGAUGGCAUGAUCGGAACCCCGGCGGCAGCACUUGGUUUCGGGAUCAAAGGGUUGCGAGGGCCGUUCGACCACAUAGCAACGGUAGCCUGACGCCAGAGAAGAUAACCAAGGCGUUUUGCGAUCAUUUAUCGCUGCCGUCGUCGGUGUGUCAGCAUAUGGAGGAUUGUACAGUUAGAGGUGUGCCUGACUAUCCGUACAAGGGGCGACAAAUCACUCUGGCGCAUGUUCGGUACAACUUGACGAAACGGACUGCAACUGUUUGCAAGGGACCACCGUGCAUUGGAAUGUUUGAUGAGUAUAGCAUCCGCUCUGGGUUGUCUGUCAAGUAG